AUGUAUCCCUCAGGGAUAAAUGUCAAAAAGGGAAGACUAACUAAAGCCAGGCUUGGCCAGGAAGAGCAUGCUUCAAACCAUACACCAGUUUCACAGACACCAUCCAACUCUGCAUCUGAAACGACGGCAACUUGUACAGCCAACCUAUCGCACCCAACAAUUAACUCAGUUCCGCAAGUAGCGAUCGUAACCACAACUCCACAAAUCAUCGCAACACAACAAACAGUGAUCCUUGUUUCGCAACAACAAUCCUUCCCACAUACUUCAGGCAUCGGGACUUGGAUCCCUCACACCAUUCAACCACAACCACAAUACUCCCCGAUGGUAUACCCACACGCCACCAUGGCAGGUUUGCCUCAAGUGUCGCUAUUCAUACAACAACCACCGAUCUUCAACUCGCUUGUACAACAGAGCCCAGGUUCAAUCCCUGCACUGUCUCAACCGCAAGCCACAACGCCGCAUACCUCAACCAACUAG